AUGGACACUGAAAAAGGUGCAUUUGCAGGAUUUGCGGCGUCCUUCAAGGCUGAAAUCGAGCCUCAGCAUGCCGAUCUUCUUCUCUUUGCGUGCUGUUUGACAUCAGGACUUGUUGACAGUACAAUCUACAAUGCUUACAACACCUUUGUGUCCAUGCAGACCGGAAACACAAUCUUCGUGGGACUAGGAGCUUCAAGCCAGAAUGCUCGUCCAUAUGGAUGGGCGCGCUCGCUCACUUCGAUCGGAUGCUUCAUCUUAGGAUGCUUCUUCUUCGCGCGCUUACACAGUAUUGUGGGUGCUCGAAAACGCGGUUCAUUAAUGAUGUCCUUCGCGUUACAAGCCAGUAUAAUCAUUAUAACCGCUGGACUUAUCGAAGGCGGUGCCAUCUCGAGUGCGCUUGGUGAUCGGUUGUCGCAGACCACGCCCCCGUGGGACCAAGAGGUUCCGAUUGUUCUUCUCAGCAUUCAGUCCGCCGGUCAGAUUGUGACGAGUCGCGCGCUAGGUUUCAAUGAGGUUCCGACCGUGGUGAUUACAAGUCUUCUUUGUGAUCUUGUGUCUGAUCCUAAGCUGUUCCUAAUCCGAAACCAAAAGCGUGACCGUCGGGUCAUCGCGUUUGUGCUGACGCUGCUUGGGGCGAUCAUUGGUGGAUGGGUGACGAAAGCCACACAGGCAAUUGCCCCCACUCUAUGGCUGUCAGCAGGGAUUAAAGUCGUGGUUGUUGUGGCCUGGGGGUUGUGGAAGGCAAAGUAG